AUGGCAGGCCGGAGAGAGGGCUCUGCGGAGGAGGCGUGCAGAGAACGGCGCAAAGUGUCGGACAACGUAGAGGAACCACCAGCUGCUCCAUCCCAUGGCCAGGGGUGGCGUCCAGGUGGCGGACCAGCUAGGGCCUCAAGGCCUGAACCGGGGGCCAGACCCGCUGCACCCCUUAACAUGGUCAAUGACCCACCAGUACCUGCCUUGCAGUGGGCUCAGGAUGUGGGCCAUGUCAUGGCAGGCCGUGCCCGCAAGCUGCUGCUGCAGUUUGGAGUGUUCUUCUGUACCAUCCUUCUCCUGAUCUGGAUGUCUAUCUUCCUCUAUGGCUCCUUCUACUAUUCCUACAUGCCGGCCGUCAGCCACCUCACUCCCGUGCAUUUCCACUACAGGACCGACUGUGAUUCCUCUACCGCCUACCUCUGCUCCUUCCCUGUUGCCAAUGUGUCCCUAGUUAAGGGUGGACGUGAUCGGGUGCUGAUGUAUGGACAGCCGUACCGCGUGGUCUUAGAGCUCGAGGUGCCAGAGUCGCCUGUGAACCAAGAUCUGGGCAUGUUCUUGGUCACCAUUUCCUGCUACACCCGAGGCGGCCGGGUCAUCUCCACUUCUUCUCGCUCCGUGAUGCUGCAUUACCGCUCAAACCUGCUGCAGACGCUGGACACGCUGGUGUUCUCCAGCGUGCUGCUCUUCGGCUUCUCCGAGCAGAAGCAGCUCCUGGAGGUGGAGCUGUACCCGGAAUACAGAGAGAACUCGUAUGUGCCGACCACCGGGGCGAUCAUCGAGCUCCAAAGCAGGCGCAUCCAGCUGUACGGCGCCUCCCUCCGCAUCCACGCCCACUUCUCCGGGCUCCGGUACCUGCUGUACAACUUCCCCAUCACCUGCGCCUUCAUCGGCGUCACCAGCAACUUCACCUUCCUCUCCGUCAUCGUGCUCUUCAGCUACCUGCAGUGGGUGUGGGGGAGCGUCUGGCCCUACAACCCCUUCGACCUGCAGGCAAACAUCCGCUUGAGGAGCCGCUCCCGGAAUGAGGCCCAGAGGAGGGCAGCUGCCCGCCAGCCAGGCCGGGAGGAGCCAAUCCCCCUGUCGGACAACACAGAGGACGGUGAGAGUGAGAGCCCUGACCCCUCGGGGGCAGAGGAGGAGAAGCCAGAGCCAGAGCCAGAGCCAGAGCCGCAGACCCUUGGAGAGGAAGAGCUAGAGCGGGAAGCCAGCGAUGGCUCCGGCUCCUGGGAGGACGCAGCUCUGCUGACGGAGGCCAACCCACAGGCGCCUGCCCCCGCCCCCGAGACGCUGGGCCGUGCUGAGCCCUCCGUGGGCACUCAACGGCAGCAGCCCACCUGCUCCAGCUCCUGA